UCACUCCGUUAGGAAGGUUCCUAAGCUAAAUGGACUAUUGGAAUGCAACCCAGCGUCCUCUUGUUUUGUUACACUUUAAAGACGACAGCCAAUGGCAUGCAGUUGAGAAAAACGAAUAUGGCUAACAGCACAAAAUGAAUCAUAGAAACCCCAUAUUUUACCAAAUGGCAAUAUUAUCCAGCUCUAGCUGAACUAUGCUAACAUUAGUUAGCCAACUAAGCCCAACCUCUGUAUGAAAUCCAGCACCGGUAGUCACAGCAACCGCAGUGUUUUUGUUUUGAGUUAUAUCAUCAUGAGGUAUAAGUUACCGUAAAAUGACAGCAUACAUUUGGGGUUGUGUUUUUUUAAACGAUGAUAUUAUCAAUAUUGUCUUACCUGCAGCUGCUGUCUGAUGUUUUCUUCCAGGACAAAAUGCAGCUUUCUUCUUCUGUGGUGCCGCCGGGACACCGGAGCUCCGCCCGGCUGCCACAGCGGCACCUAGAAGUCUAGAAGCGAAUACAGACAAGAACAGGAAGUGGGAAGCUGCACGGUUUGUUUACAUGAGUUUACUGGCAACGAGUGUGAUCCUGUGUAAAAUUACGAGUAAUGGUCUGAAUAUCUUAGCUUACUGAAUUUAAAUGGACAGUAGUGGAAGUGUAGGAGGUGGAAGAAAAGCAGGCAGAGGAGGCAGAGGAAGGAGAGGAAAUCGUGGGGGAGAGGGCAGAGAUGUUCGCCUGUCUAAAUCCUUGUCCUAUGCUCUUCGCCAUGGAGCCAACAAGAUGGAUCUUCAAAUAAGUUCAGAUGGCUUCAUGUUUGUGGAGGAUCUCCUGGCUCACACGCAGUUCAGCUCAUACUCACUGGAAGACGUUGAAAGAGUUGUGGCCACAAAUGACAAGCAGCGCUUUAAACUUCAUCGGCUGGAGGACGGCCGGCUCCAAAUUCGAGCCAGUCAGGGGCAUUCAAUACAAGUAAUGGAUUUGGAGCUGAAACCGGUCCUGGCUGGUUCUCCAGACUGCCCUGCUGAGGCAGUUCAUGGCACCUACCUCCGCAAGUGGAGCUCCAUCCAGCAGCAGGGCCUGAGCCGCAUGAGGAGGACACACAUCCACCUGGCCCCCGGCCUGCCUGGGGAGGAAUGGGUCAUCAGCGGAAUGAGGGAAGACUGUGAUCUUGCUGUGUAUAUUGACGUACCCAAAGCUCUUGCUGACGGUAUUGAGUUUUUCUGGUCAGAUAACGGUGUGCUGCUGACUGCAGGGGACGAUGAGGGAAAACUAAUCCCUAAGUACUUCAUCCGUGCCUUAAGACUGAGACCUACAAUCACUUUCCUUCUGUGUUACAGGGAGUAUCAUACCACUGCAGUAGCAUAAUAGGAUACUGCUCUGUCAUUGGUCACAGCAAGACUCAUCAUGGUUUGUUUGAUUCUUAUCCCAGUUCCCUUGGUAACAUAUAUUGCUUAGCAGGAGCAUACUAGCAUCCAAUAAGCUUAUUUUCAUUGCAUUAGGACAAUCCAUGGAGAAAUCAUCCUAAACGGACAAAGAUUUUUGAUUUUUGUUUCAUCAUUCAAAGGAUCAGGGCAGGUUUAGGACAGUUUGGAAAUGUAACACUAGUUAAAACAGACCUUUUUAAAUGUAUUUUGAAGACAUUUUAUAAGUGUGGUUUGUCCCUUGACUAAAUAUGAAUAAGCAGAGGAUACAGACACUGUGGUUUAAUGUAACGGACAGCUGUAACAGUCUUGUGAGAUAUGAUCACACACACACAGCGAGAUAAAUGGUUAGAAGCUUCCUGUGGAAGAAACAGCAGAAAUUACCCCCAUAAGCUGCAACCAUGAGGAGUAAAGACAACACAGAAUGAAAAAUGAAUUGCUGUAUUUACUUGAAUACAUGUUUAUUAGUGAAAACAAUUACUUUUGGCAUGUGUUUUUCUACGCCUUGUUUGAAUUCUUGGCAGUGAUAUUAUGGCUGCUGGCAAUAAGACUGCAGCUCUUUACAAAGCAAGGAUUUCCAUCCUGAGCAAAAGGAAGUCUGGACGCUGCAAAUCGAAACAGGAAACUAUUUGCUAGCUGAUGCAACAGUUAAUUUUACAUUUUCAUUAGUUUGGUUUUCAAACCUGCUGAGACUGGUUCUGAUGUCCAGCAGUUUGAACCAGCAACAGUCCAUCCUGAAGUUAAGAGUCAGCAUGGCGAACACCUUGAGUCUUGAACUGUCUGAACAUGUUGUCCAUCCACUAUAUCUGUGAAUGUGUAUAACAUAGGAUAUAUAAAAGGAUAGACUGAUAGACAGAUAGACACAAGAUCAGACCGUUUUUACGUUUUUUUCUAUUCCAUAAUGUGUCCUUCUGUUGAGGCACAUAGAAGACCUUAUGUGGGAUUUAUUUAUUUUUUGUUAGAGAGCUUCGUGGCCACCAGUCAGCUUGUGGAAAAGCUCUUCAUUGAGCGUGUCACUCUUCGAACGACUGCGUGUCGACAUGAAAAUGUAGCCUCCAAUAAACUCGUGAACAAUUUUGCAGUCGGCGGUCACGCAGGCGAAAGCAAUGUUGAUGUUGCCUUCAAACUCUAUGGCCACCUAGAGGAGUCAGAAACAUAUAGAGUAUAUAAAAGAAAAAGUAGAUAUAAGAUUCCUUCAAUAUGCAGGCAGAUGUUUUACAUUUAUUUUAGGGAAAUUACCCAACUGUUGCUCUUACGGGUAAUGUUCACGAGUUCACUUUCAAACAACGGCAGCAGGAUUUAAGGAAUAUUUUGUGGAAAACUGGGAAUCAAGUUUGAUAUUUGAUUUCUCAAGUUCUGCCUUAAUUUAAUUUGACCUUGUGUGAAGUUAUUAUACCCUUUUGAGCAGUUAAACCACACAUAGGAAACCUUAGUGGGAAAAUAUCCAAAUAAUAAACUUUUGUAUGGUCUGUUUAGCUAAUUCAGUAGCACACCUUCUCUGGAAACCAAAGUGUGAGAUCGUGCAUACUGCAGACAGAAGGUGGAUCAAAGCUAUAUUGUCACCUGUCGUAUGUCCCAGUUGACAUUCCACUGCUUCAUGUUGUUGUAGCGCCAGGUCUUCACCACAUCCCCCACAGCCAGGUCGAUACGGAUCAGACGGUUGGGAGCAAUGCCCAGUACCUCGUCCUUACGACUGCCCUUAAACCUAUUUAGCAAAAACAUCUUAAUCUUCUUUUCACUCAAAACUAAACUGUUGAUACAAAGGUCAAACUUUAAUCCUCAAUUCAAUACAAUUCAAUAACUUGCUAGAUCAUUGAUGUGUUUUCAACCCUUUCAAUCAAAUUGACAAUACUAUUAUUGAUAGUGACUUGAGCCUAGUGACGAGCACACUGUUCCUAGAAUAUUUAGACAGGAGUUUAAAUCUUAAUUUAUACCAAUGUAAGUUUUUAGAUUUUAGUUGGCUUUAUUUUCUUGCUGUUAAAUGUUGUUUUAUAGUUUUAAAUUGUAUAUUUAUCACGGCUUGUGAGUGCUGUUCUGUUAAAGAAAGACUUUAUGUUGUGCCUUCAUGGUCCUAAAUUGAUGCUAACAGGCAUUUCAUAAAUUCUGAUAAGUUUUAAAUUGAACUUUACCUGACAACAACGUAUGAGAGCCCGAAGUCUGGCAGGGCUUGCCAGAUCUGCAGGAAGCGCAUCACUGCAUCUGUCAGUGAGAGCUGAGCCACGUUCUGGUAUGCAUCCAGGAUACGAGGAGUCAGCUGGAGCAGCAGGCACAGGGCAAAAGGUCAGAUGUUAGUAUAUUUCUGCUGCCUCAUAAACGCAAUGGGCAGUAGUUUCAGCUGCAUAAUAGUUCAAUUAGCUCAAUUGUGCAAAAUCACUGUUCUGCUGUCCAGAAAUUAAAGGAAUACAUCAGUUUACAAAUUCCACACAACUUAUGCAGUAUCAUUUAAGUUACAUUUAUUCACACCAUGAUAACCAAACACACUUUUCCGUUAAACCGAGAGAAAAGGCAUAUGUUUAUUAAUUAGCAAAGUUUUGCUGUGGUUUUCACUCUGCCCCAUUAACUUAAAUUUGAUUAUUCCUUUACUAGGGAGGUAAAUCCUUUUUUCUUCAAGAAUUAAAAUUAGCACUUGGUGUGUCAUUUGUAUACAAAUUAUCAUUUUAGAGGAAAAGUACUGUCAUUCAGUAUAUUAGAUUUAUAAAUGAUGGAUUGGUGUGAUCGAAUAAAGUACUUGGCUGUAGCUACCUACUGAUAAAAUGAGAGUAUUACAUUUACUCUUUUUUUUUUUUGAGCCUACAUCGAAGUUCCACCUCUUCUGUACCUGUUUGGCUUUGUACUUCUUAUGGUAGCGUGGCGACACCAGACUGUGAGGAUUGAUGCUUUCAUCGUUAGCAUUUGCGUUGCCAUGGGAACCUGAGCUGGUUUUCUGCAUAGCCAGGAAGGAGCGGAUGCUCUGGAUCUCACUCUGGAAACUGCUGUCAGCCAGACUUUUGCCUUUGGAGGCCAGUCGACACCCAGCCAUCCACUGAGCAUACUGCUGCUCCUGGAGGGCGAGAGACAACCGCAGAGAGAGAGUAAGCAUCUCGGAGGCGGAGCUGCUCUCUCCCUCCAUCUUGACCUCCAGGGACUGCAGGGCAGACUCCAGGUCGUCCAUGGCUGCACUGGAGCUCAGCGCCUGGGGCUCCGACUCAGACACCUUACUGAUGUGGUACUACAGGAGAGGAGAGCAGAGGUGGAAUGUAACUAAGUACAUUGACUCAGCUAUUCAACUUAAGUACACUUUUGUAUAUGACAAUAAAGCCCUUUGAACCUC